GUGAUGCUGUAGCACCUGUUGCUAACUGUUAUGAAGAAAAAUAUGGUAGUCAAGUCAAGGAAGAGAUGUCAGUAAAAGAAUUUUGUGGUUACUGGAAGAACAGAUCUGAAGGAGACAAUAACUCCACUCAAAUACUCUAUCUUAAAGAUUGGCACUUUUGUAAGAUAUUUCCAACAUGCAAGGCUUAUGAAACACCAGUCUACUUUAAAUCUGACUGGUUGAAUGAGUUCUGGGACAGGCGCUCUGAUGUGUCAGAUGACUACCGGUUUGUGUACAUGGGUCCUAAAGGCAGCUGGUGAGGUGAUAUUAAAUUCCACUUUGUUUAAAGGUCAUACAGUUGGUCUGCCAAUAUAUGUGGAUGUAAAAAGUGGCUGAUUUAUCCACCUGGUCAAGAAAAAUAUUUAACCGACAGACUCGGUAACCUGGCAUAUGACAUUACAUCUGAUGAUAUGAAUGACCGAUACAAAUUUCCAGAAUUUGAUACUGCUGUAAAGCCACUUAUAGUUAUACAAAGAGAGGGAGAAGUCAUCUUUGUGCCAAGUGGAUGGCACCAUCAAGUAAUAAACUUGGAAGACACUAUUUCCAUAAAUCACAACUGGACCAAUGCUUGCGGAAUUUCGAAAAUGUGGGAACAUUUAAAAGGUGAACUGGUCAAGGUCCAGAAAAGUAUCGAGGACUGAAGGGAUAUGGAAGGUUGGCAUCAGCAGUGUCAGGUGAUUCUACGGGCAAGUUGUGGAAUAAAUUAUGAAGAAUUCGUGGAGUUUCUUGACUCGAUAGCCAAACAGAGAAUAGGAAUCGUUAAAGGGAAGAAAACAGUUACGCCAAGAGAACUUAAAGACAUGGACAGUGAAGCGUGUUUAACAGAAAAAGGCUCAGAAAUCUCUGUAUUUCAGGAUUGGAGCAGGUCUAUUUGCAUUCUAGAAGAACAGGAGCAGUGCUCUCUGAUGAACUACUGUCGAUAUGAUCUUGUAAAAGUGAAAGAAUGUAUUACAAACUUAACGGACGAACAUUCGUUGAUAGAAAUGCAAAAUAGAGACCUUCAACUCAGAGUUGACGCACUUUUGCGAGAUAUCUCUGUAGCUCUGGAUAAUGACAGCAGUUGAUAUCCGCAAGAGAAAGAUGGAUUUGGUUCUGCCCUUUUUCUGCCCUAUAUAUGAACACCUCUCACACCUAACCUGCGAGCUAUGCAAGACGCGCAUUUUCACCGCCCGCGGGAAGAUUGGAGACGAGUCGGGGAAAGGAUUCAUUACCAGACCCCCAGUAAACCUACUGGAAAGCUCAGACUUUCCCGCGGGCUGAAAAAUGCUUGUGUCGCAACGCUGAUGACGAGGGCCUAUUUUCAGGCUAUUGGCACACAAGGAUAGGUCUUACACAAAAAGAAGUGACUCAUUUUUUUUAAAAAUAGCUGGAUCAGUUUUCACAUAAAAAUUUUCCCAGUUAUUGUUUAUAUUGUUUUGUUGUUUUUUUUCUGUUGUUGUUUUUUUUUUGUUUUUUGUUUUCAUUUUUUAGCGAGUAUGUGUAUUUUGAAGUUUGACAAACGCUACGCUGACUUGUGUCAAUAAAGAUGAUGUUGACAUGUA